GAACCAGCGAAAUCACCUGGUGGUUCCAUCGCGGCAAACCUUCCGCACUCGAACUGCGGGAUUUCCCAAAGCGGAACCCCGCAUUUUCGCCCAGCCGGCCCAGCUAGCAUGACUUCAGCCCAGAUGCAACGCCAUGAAUGUACCUGUUCGAAGCCUUGUUCUCGCGCAAGCUUAGACAUCCCUCACCUCCGCAUUUGCUUCCCCGCGUAUCCAUAAUUUCCCCGGACACGGUCCACUAAGAAAUCCCACAUGGAUACCUGGCGCUACAUUAGAAGUAUCGACGUUAAGCUGGAUGAGGAGAUGCCGGUGCAAAUCUCUACGGGGUUGGGAGUAUAAAGGAUACAUGAUUGCGGCCCACAUGUUAGGCUCACGAUCAUACUGUUCUGCAGUCCCUUCCUGCUUACCAGAUAAUUGGGUCCAAGGGUCUUCUUUGUCAUGUUUGAACUCAGAGGCAAGAGCCUCAUCGCGGUUAUCCUAUUGACCUCUGGUCUUGACUUCCUUCUCUUCGGAUAUGAUCAAGGACUUUUCGGCGGUAUCCUGGGUGGCCAGCGCUUCAAGGAUACCCUCGGCAACCCGAACCCAACGAUGACUGGACUAGUCACCGCUAUCUACGAUAUUGGGUGCGCGCUCGGUGCUGUCGUGGCUUUCGUCUUCGGUGAACGCAUCGGACGCAAGCGUUCCAUCAUCCUCGCCAAUCUCAUUGUCGUUAUCGGUGCUGCUAUCCAGACUGCCAGCUUCGACUACUGGCAGAUGUUCGUCUCGCGUAUUAUCGGCGGUAUCGGUGUCGGAUUGUCAACGGUUGCGGUGCCAAUUCUACAGUCAGAGACAUUGCCUGCGCACAACCGUGGCUCACUGCUCGUCGUCCAGUCCGCUCUGAUCAUCAUUGGAGUCGCGGUCGCUUCUUGGCUCUGCUUCGCGACAUUGUACGCCGAAAACUCACUGCAGUGGAGGUUUCCAGUCGCUUGCCAGAUCUUGUUCUCGCUAAUGGUAUUGGCGCUCUGCCCAUUCCUGUGCGAAACACCAAGAUGGCUCGCAUCUCGUGGAAAGAUCGAUGAAGCGAAACACACCAUCAGCCGGCUUUUGGACAAGCCUCUGGACGACGAAGAAGUGCAAGGUCAACUCCAGGAGAUCCUAGACGCCAUUGCGGCAGAGAGCAGCGAAGAAGAACCCACCUGGGGUGAAGUCUUCAGCAACGCCACCAAGACCCGCAAUCUGCACCGUGUUGUUCUCGGAAUGGGCCCGUAUAUGAUGAACCAGUGGAGCGGUAUCAACGCAUUGUGCUACUACCUCGCCUACAUCUUCCAGCAGUACCUCGACUACUCCCCGAGCAUGUCUCUCAUCCUCGCUUCCGUGGCCUUCACUCAGUAUGCCGUUUUCUCCUGGCCACCAUACUUCUACAUCGACAAGAUCGGACGUAGAUGGUCAGUCAUAGGCUCAUCAGCCGGUUGCGCAGCAUGUAUGGCUAUCAUCGCCGGAUGUCUCGCUAAGAAUAGCUAUGCCAGCGCCGCAGCAGCUGUGGCCUUCAUUUUCUUGUACCUCGACUGCUUCACUCUCGGUAUCUUGCCUGUCUCAUGGUCCUACUCAGCCGAAAUCCAACCUCUCCGUGUCCGCAACAAGGCAACAGCGGUUGGCGUCUUUUCACACUGGAUGUCCAACUUCGUGGUCGUCAUGGUUACCCCGAUCGGUCUUGACAACAUCCGCGGCCAUUACUUCUGGGUCUGGGCAGCUGUUUGCGCGUCCUUUGUGCCCCUAACUUACUUCUUUGGUGUCGAAACUUCCGGACGCACGCUCGAGCAAAUCGACAUUAUGUUCUACGAGAACCCGAGGCUCUGCAUGGGACUCAACAAAGAGAACCGAAGAGUCGUAAGGGCGAGCAAGUCAGAUGAGGAGCAGAGAUACAGGGAGUUUGCACACGCCAACGAGAAGAACCAGGCUGUGAUGGCGGAGAGGAUAAGCCAAGACGACUAGAUGAUGUUGUCAGAUGCUAGGGGGAGAGUGAGGAAAGUCAAUGCACAUUGUGGGAGCCGAACAACGUGCAACGGCAAGUUCGAAUCAUCGAAAACUAACUAGCUAACGACUACGUUCAACUACAUGACGUGUCC